AUGCCUCUAGAAGGACUCCCGGAUGAGCUGUUGCUCCAAGUUGCGCUCCACUUGCCCGACUCAGGAGCGCCCCGAGACCUCAAAAAUUUGAGUCUUACGUCCCGAAAACUGCGAUCCAUAGCUCAAGAAGGCUUGUUCAGGACAGCAAGACUUGCUAUCUGCUGUGGCUGCCAUCCCAAAGUAAAUGCACUUAUUCUACUCUUACGCACACUGUUGGACCGACCGGACCUUGCCACCAAAGUCAAGUUGAUACGUUUUCGAGCAGUGCGUAAAACCGUGGAAAAACUGUAUACAGAGCAAGGCUUCGAUUUGCCCGAGUUUCGUAAUCGAUGCAUAUCGAAACUAGCAGGGUUAGGUUAUCACUCAACGCAUCCAUGGUGGAGGUCGAUCAACAACUCUGUUGAGUCGGCUUUCGGAGGUCUGUUACUAGCGCUUCUUCCUAAUCUCACCGAUCUCGACUUCUGGAUCAAGGACCAUCAACGUGGUCCACCUUCGAGUGAGUGUAUCUCUGGCUUGUGGGGUGGUACUAGCCCACCAGAGGCUAUCCUGCACGGGUGGAAGAAUGUCACACAUCUCACCACUGGAGAUACAUCCAUGCUCAAGUGCGGUAUUCACUUGGAGAAACUGACCCUUCUGGAUCUACGGACAGUCUCCAUAGGCACUGUAUUGAGACUGAAUGGCCCAGGCAGCCUUCAAGGUGCCGAGAACCUGGAGAGUCUUGCCUUGACCGUUUCCAUACAGUUCGCUGAUCGACCACUCGUGGAGAAGGCAGAGAUUACUUUUAGUGAGCUUCUUGACGCAUUGGCAUGUCGUGCGUUGAAAAAGCUUAAAAUUGCUUUCAUCAACGACGGCUACCACAUUGGCGAUGACCUGACAACGGAGCUGAGCGCCAGCUACUUUCUUGACCAGCUGUGUAGUGUCGAAAGGACUCUGGAAACUCUAUCCAUUACGCUCGAGACCACGGAGGAAGACGGUGAGCUGGACUGGCUGAUCGAUAUGUGCCAACACCCGACCACAUCAAUGAAGCGCUUUUCUGCCUUGAGGACCCUCACAAUCCCGCAGCCUUUCGUCUUCAAUGCUCAGUCCACGACCUUUAGCGUCGAUGACCAUUGCAGGCCAAAAGAUUUACCACCAAACCUUGAGCAAUUGGAAUUGCUGUGGCCAUACGAAGGCGUAGUCCAAUGGGCGGAAGGCUUUCGGGGCCUGGAAUAUGAUGAAUCCUUAGCUCUGUCUCCCAAUGGCAGCAACACAACACAACUCUCCAAGUUCAAGAAAAUAGUUCUUACCUGUCGCGACGAUGCUGGCGUUGACGCAGGAUUUUUUACGGACGAAUUGCAUCCUGUUUGGUGGGAACUAUCAACUGAAUAUGGUAUUGAAGCAGAAGUUCGCGAUCAGCAGCGAGAUACAACUUUCAAUCUUGUAGAGCUGUUCGAAGCCGCCGCCUCGACGGAAGAGGAUAGCGACAUCGACGAGGAUGACAUUGAUGAGGAA